AUGAGCUCCUGGCUGAUUUCCGCGUUUUUCCUCCUGUUGACGGAGGAGGCUGCGGCAGUUCCGUACUGCACUGCCAUACAAGGUUCAGACGAGGAGGCCUUCCGUUGUGCCGCUCUCGUGACUGAUGAGGUAAACACAAAAUUUUUGAUGCGAUCUUCAAACAAGAGCUCCUGGGUCGAACACUUCGAACUGUACACGAAUCUCAGCGCUGUGGUGCUGCAACCUCCCUGGAACGGCAGCGAGUGCAAUGGUCAUGCGGAUGUUGAAGCAUCGAUACAGUACAUGUCGGAUGUUGUUCAGCUCAACCAUGGACACUUUGCGGUCGGAACUGGCAACUGUGGGUCCUCAUUCAUGUCCACGAGGCUUUAUUGUUUCCGAGGGGCAGGUGCGUCGAGCUCGCGAUUAUACAUGUCGGUACAAUCGGAUGAAAACGCACAGGUGGUGGCAUACAUUCGGGCAAAGCCAGGCAAGAAUGAGGACCACAAGAGGAUAUCCAUGGAUGUAGGUGGCAGUGGCGGCCGCAGUGCUUUUCACCUCUUUACGAUUCCCGAAGAUGACAAGCUUGACUUGUGGCGUUUGAGUAUGACUGUGCGUGAAGAGUUCCGUUCACCGACCAGCGUCUAUCAUGCCUACAUCAUGCACGAGACAUCGCCGUGUGUUUCCAAAGUGGUGACUUCUGGUGGCUGCUUUGACCCUGUCUUUAUCUGGUCUUGCACUCAAUCGGUUCCUGUGUCUUUCAGGCGGCCAACUGCUUUCGGGAAUUUGCGCAUUGCUAUGAGCCUCAGCUUUUCCGAGUCCGCACGGAUGACUAUUAGUAGAGGCUCCCUCCCGCGACUUCGAUCUGGCCGAUGGAUCCUCUUCGUGAUCUGCAACAUCGACAGUCAGCAUCAAAUGUGUCCCGAGGCCACCAUUGACGUCAAGUUUUCCGCCGGGUACAACCAGAGGAGGAAGCUUUGGAUAGGUGCUGCAAUCAUGAUAUUCGGUCCCGCUGCGAUCCUCUUCGCGGUCAAUGCGAUGUACUGGCUGGCAUAUCUGUUUCUGUAUACAAUGAGCUCGCCUUCACUUCAGACACAGGACCGUUUGUGGCCUGUCUUCAUGUCACUACCAGGCCGGAUGCACCUUGACAUGCUCCGCGAGAAAGUGCGCCUAAUUUCACGGCCGAUUCCCUUCUUUCCGGCACUGUUGGCCCUUAUGAUCGGGGUAUUCUUGGCCACUGCGGCUCAGUUUGUCAUAACGCAUUAUGGCUUGAUGGUGCGCACUGGGAGCAGGGAUAUUUGCUUCUACAACGAGAAGUGCUUCUCGCCAGGUGUUAUAUGGGACAUCCCAUGGAACAACUUCUUGUCCAACCUUGCUUAUUUCGUGGCUGGAGCUCAUACCAUGCUUCAGGCGUUCUUCGCAGAGGUCCGGUGCAAAAGUUUCCUGCGCCGCACCAUGUCGGCAUUGUACAAGCAUUUAAACCUCCAGACCGAGAUCGGUCUUACGAAGGCACAGUGGGUUCGACUUUUUGACAGCGUAGAUCUGAACAAAAGUGGCUCCGUCUCCAGGCAGGAGUGGUAUACACAAUACGGACAUGCGCUUGCCUUCGAUUUCAUCGACAGAAACCAAGAUGGCCUUCUGUCUCGUGAAGAGUGGUCCAAUGCCUUUGACCUGAUGGACAUAGAGGGUGAUGGGUAUUUGACAGAAGUUAAGUUUCAGACAACAGCAUCUCAGAUAGAUCUUCGAGCCUUCUAUGCAGUGGGCACUACUUUUGUUGCCGAGGGCAUUGGAAGCAUGUGCUACCAUCUCUGCCCAUCUGUUGAAACGUUUCAGUUCGACACUUGUUUCAUGAUCCCUAUUGCAAACCUGCUGACCAUCGCGCUUGCGGAAUGGAGCGGGACGGAACUCGACACGAUCUCGGCCUUGAGGUACUUUGUCUACAUCCUGACACCAGUUUGGCUGAUUAACUUUAUCGGCACGUGGUACGACAUAGAUGUCUUCGACUGCGAAUGGCUCUAUUGGUUGUAUUCCUUUCUGGUUGUGGUCUGGACCUUGGCAGCUGUGACUUCCUUGAACCGCGUCUUUGCAACGCCGAAGAUCGGAAAACGCGGCACUUGGCUGAUGCGAGCGCUGCAAGCGCUCAUCAUUCUGAUGGUCUUGGUGGCAUAUGUAGACCCGAGCGUGCGGCGAGGCCUCGGAGGGACCGCCAAUACCUUCCUGCUGCUGUCCAUUAUAGUCAUGAUCGUGGUCGUCAGCCGGCAGAUCUACUUGCAGGACUUGCAGUUCGUGACCUGCGAGGUUUCGGAGAUUGGAGGACGCAUAAUCAAGUACAGCUACAUGGCAGUCAUGGUCUUCGUGGCGGUCACUUCAAUCCAUUUCUUCAAUGAGAAGGUAGCCAUCGUGGCCCCGGAUGCGACACCAGCACAGAGCCAUGACAUCAACCAAAACUGUGUUUUCAACAUUUUCGACUUGCACGACUACUGGCACUUCCUAUCCGCCGUGGCACUGGCACUGUUUGCAAUGCUCCUUCUGGACAUUCGGGUGAAUUCGUGGGCCCGGAAGAACGGAAUCCAGAUUCUUUUCGAACAGCCGGUCGACUACUCGUCGGCCUCUGAUUCGGAUCCGGAGUCCUCCGAGACUGAGGGCCUGGAUCCUGAGACAGUCGCAUCGGAUGAGGGCUUUGAAGAUCCCCGGAGCGAGAGCAAAAUAUAUCGGCUCUAG